AGCAGCAGCAGCUGGACGAGCGUAGCUCGUCGGCGGGCUCGUCGAUGGGCUCGUGCUCACCGCCACCCCUGCACCACCACAACCACCACCAGUCGCUCGCCGGGGGCGGUCCUAGUCACUCGCCACCAGUCGCCAGGCCACCCUGGCUCCACGACUUUGCCUCGCCGCACGUGCUCCAGUUCCUCAACCUGAACGCAGCUGCCGCGGGCUCCAUGCUCGCCGCCAGUCAGCCCCUCGCUGCCCUCCACUCGAUGGCCGAGCGCAGCCACCAGCACCACCUACAACAACAACAAUCGAGUCCCACCUUGGCCCAAUCCCAACAACAGUCCCAACAGCAGCAGAUGCACGGGGGCCAGAGCUCGCCGACGGGCAGCACGGGGAAGCACAGUCCCGCUACGUCCAUCACCUCGGUCGGCAGCAAUCCCCACGGCAUCGACACUAUCCUCUCGAGGCCCGCUGCCACCCACCUGACAACCGUCGGCCAGCACGCGGCCCAGCACCUGCCGCCCGCACCGAGAUACGCCAUGCACGCGGGUUUCGCCGCCACCACGGGAAUCGGGCAGUUCCAGCAGCGCGCCGAGCCACGGCAUCCGGCCGUUUAUUGGCCGGGGCUCCAGGGUCUAGUCAGUGAUCCGCUCGCCUGGAGGGCCCGCCUGCACUCUCUGUCACAGCAGCUUGGCUGCCAGCAGCAGGCCAUGAGCGUGUCACAGCAGCUUGGCUGCCAGCAGCAGGCCAUGAGCGGCGUCGGUGGAGGUGCGGGCGGUGGCGGCGGCGCGGGAGGCGACCACGAGCCCGGCAAGAAAAAGCACACGAGGCCGACCUUCAGCGGCCAACAGAUAUUCGCCCUGGAGAAGACCUUCGAGCAAACCAAGUACCUCGCGGGCCCCGAGCGCGCCAAGCUCGCCUUUGCCCUCAACAUGUCCGAGUCGCAGGUCAAGGUGUGGUUUCAAAAUCGGCGGACCAAGUGGCGGAAGAAGCACGCCGCGGAGAUGGCGACGGCGAAGCGCCGACAAGAGGAGGUCGAGGGCGUAGUCGGGGAGACGGAGGACGGCUGCAGCGACGGCGAGGCGUCCGAGGCCGGGAGCAGCAGCGGCGGGGGCGGCUCGGUCAACGAGACGGCGGCCAAACGGUUGAGGCGCGAGCUCGAGCACCAGUACGGGCCCUGAGCUGACACUCCUAUAUAAAUAUAUAUCACAAUAUACUAUUGGUGUACCCACGACGAUGACGCAGACGAUGAUGACUAUACUGCUGCAACCAUCAUGGAACCAUAUGUAUACGCGGACUCCUGCGCGUAGGCGU